UACUGAAAAAAGUAUCUUGAAACUUGGAAUUAAGGAAUUUGCAAAGUUCUGGAUAUAGGUCACCAUAUUGAAAGUAGAUAAUUUUGAUUAGAUAAAGUUAUGAUAGAUUUACAUUUACGGCGCAAAAAUGUUUAUUUAUUUGUACCAAGAUUAGUAAUGAGUACUGUCAGAUGUUUGAUGUUUGAACUAUCCGAAAAAAAGCUAUUUAAAACACUUUUGUGUAAUAUAAACUGUUAUAGCGUGUAAAAAAGAACUUAAGAAAUGAUGUGGUAACAAAGUUUCAGCACCUGAUGAUUGUUUUGUCACCCCCGCUGCAAAUUGCAGCCUUCUGCUACAUGGUGGCUGCAACAGUCCUCGUUUUCAUCCUAGGCUGUUAUGUCUACAUCCUUCGAAGAAAUUGCAAACGUUGCACUUGUUCCCUGGCUGAGAAAGACGUCGAAAUGCGAAAAGCGCACCGAAAAAGCGAAAGCAACGUUUACGAAACGGACAAAAGCACAAAACCUGAACAUUCCUCACUGCACCAAGUCAGAAUGAGUGAAUACGAGUCCAUCACAAGCGAUUCCCAAAGAAAAUGUUCUUUUCCUCUACCAACAAACGAUCACACAGUGGUCAAAAUUGACGAUUUUGCCUGUGUUUUAAGUGUGUACGAUUACGAAACCAUAGUUGACUCACUGUGUGAAGUGUCCAAGACGAAACAGGAUUUAUACGCGCCAUUUCUCAACGAGUUCGCGAAAAACAUCAAAAUGAAAAAUAGUGCAGUUUAUGAGGCGUUGCAAAAGUAUGGGCUCCCAAACGCGAAUCAUUACGAAAUUAUUAACGAAAAUGAGCCAGAAUUAGAUGUUGAUUUGGACGAUUGUACUUAUGUGAAAUAUGUGCCUUCAGAAAGUGUGAAACAAUCAUUAUUGCGUGCGCAAACAUUCCACAGAACACAGUGCCUUAAACAAGUGUAUGGUCCAAAUGAGCGGUUGAGAAAAUGUCUCAGAGAACAGAAAAAUGCCAAAAACCCGUCACGAGUCGAGAAACCUCCAAUACCACCGAAAAAAGUCAGGUUAAGGAAAAAUUCCGAAGAGGAUUUGUUCUAGAAGGAGGUGAAAAUAACUCGAUGAAAAUGAGUUCUCACAAUUGUUUGAGAAAAAUUUAAUGUUAAUGACAAACAUUGAAAACGUAUUGGAAAUUUCAAGUUUUGUUAAUACGUAGCGAAUAUUAAUUGCAGAUAAUUAAAUUUUCUUCGAAAUAGCGUGGUUUACCAGUUUUAUCAAAAAACAAUUGGUGAUUUCUUACUUGUUUUUAAUUGAAAUCUUACCAAAAAUUGAAAAUUUAGGUUUAAAUAUGUUUAAAGAUUUCCGACCAAUUAUUAUUAUUUAAAACAAUUGUUCAAACAAUUUAAAAAUACAAAAAAUAAGUGAGUUUUGGUUCGCAAACAAAUUGAAAUCGAAAGAUCUAAUUUGUUGAUUUUGAGUAAGUUUUAGUAAAAAUUUUCAAUUCGAAACCCAUUGCUUAAAAUUAAAAUAAUAAAAUUAAUAAAAAAAAUAAAUUAAAAUUAAAAUAAUAAUGAAUAAUAAUAAGAAAAUUGAUAAAAGAAGUAAAAAAAAGUUGUUCAUUAUCUGUAAGUGACAAACAGGUAAUGCCAACAUUUCUUUACGUGUAUAAUACAACGUUUUCUCUUAUAGGUACAUCGAGAAAUUUUUGUAAAAUUUUUUCACCGAUAGAAUAAAAAAAUUACAAAUAAAAUAAAGAAAUUAGAAAAUUAUGUAACUGGGUGUAUUGCUCAAACCCAAAUCCGGGUACGUAAUGUAAAUCUAAUUUCUCAAUUUUCCCUUUAAGGCGAUAUGAACUAGUACUUUUAUACCCGAUUUUGGCACUGACAAUUAUUUAUAAAAAAACAGACCAUAACCCUAGACCAUAACUAAAUGAAAUAAUAUACCAUAGUAACCAAUUGUAUCUAUAGAAUAGGGAACAUUAUUAGUAGGUAUGGUUCAUUUUUUUAAAAACUGUCAGGGUUCAAAUUCUGUUAAAAACCAGACUGUAUCACUCUAAAAGUUCUUGUCCAACUACUUUUAAAACUGGCUGUAUCCCGUAUUUGACAUUUUGACCACCAGAUUUGACAUUUUUGAAAAUUGGACGUUAGUGUUAAUCGUUAAUUCGUUAGCUUAAAGGUGAUCUAAAAUAACUAGAUGUGUUGUUGUACGUGUUUUAAAUUGGAGACAAAUCGAAAAAUUUGGAAAUUGAAUUUUCCAGGUAAAAAAUUAACCUGGAUUAAAACCUUAAUUAAACCUUCAUUUAAAAAAAUUCACUAUUUAUGAUAAUGCCAAUCUGACGGCUCUUAUAAAAAAAUCGACUAUACCUGAACAAUAAAAAAAAAUAAUUUUAAUAAAAAAGUAAGAAAAACAUUCUGACUUUGUGUUUAAAAUUGCUGAUUUUAGAAUGUUUUAAUGUCAGUGGAACUUCAUUGUAGAAUAAGUAGGUACAAAGCGAUCAGAAAGUCCUUCUAUCAAGUAGGCGUAUCAGUUGAGAACGUGUGUCCGGUGUCGUGUAUGAGUUCAGCCUACUAUCAUUGAAAUUACCUGAAACGUAAACUGUUAGAUACCGUGAAUCCGUGGCACAAAUAGGACCCGAAAUCUACACGACCCGUAAAUAGUGUCUAAAGGGCAAAACUGGAUUUCAAUAAUAAUUUAAUUUCCUUAAUUUUUUGACAUUUUUCCUUUGACAUUAGGCUUGAGUUCCGUCGACAUAUGUACUUUAAUUUCUAAGCUUACUUGAUAGAAGGACUUUUUGAUCGCUUUGUAUCAUAAACAUAACCCCGGCGAAAUAUUGAUGUUCUAUAUGAUGGUAAAGAUAUGAGACCUUUGUGUCUUAAAUUUAAUAAUUUCUUCAUUAAUUUCUCGAUAAAUUUUAGUGAAUUUUUAGAAAAAAAAUUUCGUAUUUUUGCAAUUUUGCAAAAUAAUUGUGUUUUUGAUUGAAAAGGCAGUAUUAAUGUGAUUAUCGAUUUACUUGCUCAUUUUUCAAAGAGGACUAAAAAACGUUUUUAAAAUUUACUAAAAGUAAAACACAAUUUUUGUCGAACAUUAAUUUCAUUCUCAGUUGGUCACUUUUUUAAACCAUAAUACUAGUUCUCACGGUUUAAAAACUGUAAAACAAUUUGAACCCAAAUCAUUUUGAAGAAAAUUUAAUUCGCUACAAUUUUGUUCUAUAGGCUUUUUUGUAUCCUUAAACAUAUUUGCAACAUUUUGAAAAAUAUGGGACCCUGCGCAUAUUGAUUGAUAUUUGAUUUUUUUUUAAUUUAGUUGUUUAAUAUUUAAGAAUUCGUAAUAUGUACAUAACAACAGUCAAACUUUUUUAUUAAAACAUAUGUGAAUAAUUGUUAUUUGCGGCAUACUUUAAUAAUUUAGAGUAGGUAUAUUUUAAACAUUUUUACACUUUAUAAUGUAAUUAAUUUACGUGUUUUAUUAAAAUAUUUAAUAAUA